AUGCGGCGAAUCGUUGAGGGGAAAGUCUCCCUUUCCACCAUCCAGAGUCUCUGCAUGCUGGUACUCGCCAACUUUCAAGCCAAUAAUCUACACCUGGUGUGUUUACAUGUGGGCAUCGCAACAACACUUUCGAGAUGUGCUGGCCUUGAUUUCGAGACUUGCGCGACCGAAGUCAGCUUGCGUGCAGAAUCGCGCCGAAGGGUCUUCUGGAGCUUAUACCUAUUGCAACAGGUGUACGGGCAGCAAGGCUCCGCAACUGAUAUCCUGGAAAACAUCGCAAACCCACAAUAUGUUGCGACACAUUCAGACCUAAGGAAGAAGUCAAAUCAUCUGCCUCCGUCGAUGCCCCAAGAAACGGUUCAAGGCGGCAUGAGUCAGCAUAGUGGAAUAUGGGCGUACAUGAUCCAGCUGUCCAGUUUAUGGAAAGAGGUGCGGACGUAUGUCAUGCAAUGGGCUCAGAUAAACGGCGAGCCACCGUGGUCCAUUGAAUCCGGUUACGCUGUCAUCAGCGCCCAUCUUAUGGACCUGGAGACGAAAUUGCCCACAUAUCAUCGCUUCGAUCUUGCACGCUUCCCGGAUCACGCAAAUGAGCAGCUUCAACGUAAUCGAGGAUACUGGAGUCCUUGGCUUUAUUUGCAAUUCACCUACCACACCAUCCACAGCAUGCUAAAUCAUCCAUUUCUAUAUUCCUCGCGGCCACAGCAGUCCGCUCAAUUGGCCGUUCCAAAUACCUUCUGGAAGACGUCCUCAGAGCUAGCAUUCAUCCACGGCACCUGGAUUGCACGUCUCAUUGACAUGAUCACAGAUAAGGCCUACCGCAUUUCAGAUCCGUUCAUUGGCCACUGCACGGCAAUUGCAGCAACGAUCCAUAUCUACUUCUGCCGAGCCGCGGAUAACCGAAUCAGAGAGGCUGCGCAGGUCAGACUUGCGACGUGUGUUGCCUUUCUAGGAGAGCUGGCAUUACUGUGGCCUUCCUGUCGAUUGAUGAUGCUGAGUCCUCACCAGCAUGAAAAGCUCCAAGCUUUAGUUCAGUCUGCGUUCACAUUCGAUCAGCCUAUUGGGGAACAUGAUUCGCCUCGCAGGACGAUCUCGAUCAACACGCGUAUGAUGUGGAAGAUCCUCUUGUACGAUUUCGCCGGCAAAGACACCCCAUUGCCACAGUUUGGGCUUUUCGACGAUUCUUUCUUUCCCGAGGAGGACGACACCGAUGAAGGAGAGGAGACUGUCGAGAUGGAGAUGUUCCACAAUCCUACUGUAGAUGUGGAUAUGUCUAACGGACAGGCAUUGCCGCCACUGUCAGGCCAGCCAAGAAAACGGCAUGUUCAAGAUAGCAGAGGACGUGCCAGAAGAGACCAGCUGCUUCCUUCCUCAAUUGCGGCGGCUACGCCCGUGCUUGAUGCACCUUUCCCAGAAGCCGCCGCUGCGCCGUGGCAAAUGCCAGGCAACACCUCCGUCAUGGACAUGACCUACGAUCCUUUUUUCCAGUUCCAAGAUCCUGGCAGCCCAUUUUUUGGAACAUGGGAAGUCGGUAACCUGUAG